AUGAGUCAAUUAAUAGAAAGAAUGAAUGAAUCAGAUUUUGAAUCAUUCUCAGUGGAUGGAAAGGAUUUGAAUCGUUUCUUACCAGAUCCAUUAAAUACCUUCAUAAAGGAUAAGAAAAUUGUACUCCUCUCGAAUGAGUAUCAAGAAUUAUUAAUAGAGUAUUUGAAUAGGAAUGAAAUAUUUAAAGAUUUGAUUACAAAAGUUGAUGACAAGAAUAGAGAAGAGUUUUAUAUAAUCUUGCCAUUUAAAUCCAAAUCUGAGACUUUUUAUUUACUAUUCAAAGUGAAUACUAUCAAACAAGAAAUUACAUCGACUAUAUUCAAAUAA